AUGGCUCAAGAGAUCCCCAAGACGGUCAAGCAGUGGUCAGUCUCUGACUUCACGGGCUUCGAUGCCCUCAAGUUCAGCGAGGAGCCCAUCCCUGAGCUCGGAGACAGCCAGGUUCUCGUCAAGUUCCACGCCGCCUCUCUGAACUACCGUGAUCUCAUUAUCCCCAAGGGCCUGUAUCCCUUCAAGAUGGAGAAGGGUAUCAUCCCCGGUUCUGAUGGUGCCGGAACCGUCGUCGCCGUAGGAAACCACGUGGACCGCUUCAAGGCCGGCGACAAUGUUAUCACCCUCUUCAACCAAGGCCAUCUAGGGGGUUCUCUCGAUCUGCAGAGCGCUGGUACCGGCCUCGGCGGUGCGGUCGACGGUGUUCUGAGGACCUACGGCGCCUUUGACCAGAACGGCCUCGUCGCCAUGCCCUCCAACCUCAGCUUCAGCGAGGCUUCCACCCUGCCCUGCGCGGGUGUGACCGCCUGGAACGCUCUGUACGGCCUCUCCGACAAGAAGCUCCUCCCGGGCCAGUGGGUCCUCACCCAGGGCACUGGCGGCGUGAGCAUCUUUGGUGUUCAGCUGGCCAAGGCCGCUGGCGCCAAGGUCAUCGCGACCACCAGCUCGGCCGAGAAGGGCAAGCUGCUGGAGAAGCUGGGGGCCGACCACAUCAUCAACUACAAGGAGACUCCCAACUGGGGUGAGAAGGCCAAGGAGAUCACGGGCGGCCGCGGCGUGGACCACGUGAUUGAGGUGGCCGGCCCCAAGUCCAUCGCCCAGAGUCUCAUCGCGAGCAAGCUUGACGGCGUCAUUACAAUCAUCGGGUUCGUCGGCGGCGUCAAGGGUGAGCAGGAGCCUGGCUUCCUGGAGGCCUUGAACAAGCUCGUCACGAUCCGCGGGAUCCUGGUUGGGAGCAGAGUGCAGCUGGAGGAGCUUGCGGCUGCGGUAUCCGCCAACCCUGAUAAGCUGCGCCCGGUGAUUGAUCCCAAGAAAUUCAAGCUGGAGGAACUGAAGGAGGCAUACGAGUAUCAGUGGUCGGCCCAGCACCAGGCCAAGGUUAUCAUCAACAUCGCAUGA